AGCUUUCGCCCAUGCGUAGUUGUGCGUGUAAUGAGUCAUCAUUCGUUUGCCUGUCACUCGACUAAGCAUUAGUCCUACUGCUUGCGUGACCUCAUCAUCAGUUGUCAAGCGUUGUCGUUCGUCAUGUCUGGCCAAGUGGCGGUAGCUCGGCGUGUAGAAAACUUUGCUGUAGCCCAUCAGCAACGUGAAGGAGGAGGAUUUUUAGUCCGGCGACCGAUUGGAGGACGUAUUCGCAACUGUGACCCUUUCCUGAUGUUAGAUCACAUGGGACCGGUGGAAUACGGACCAGGAGAAGCUGUGGGAGCACCGGAUCAUCCUCAUCGAGGAUUUGAGACGGUUUCGUAUGUUAUUGAUGGCGGUAUGAAACACCAGGAUAGCGCUGGCAAUUCGGGCGUCUUGAGUCCAGGUUGGGUACAAUGGAUGACCGCUGGAUCUGGUGUGGUGCAUAGUGAAAUGCCCAGCGAUGAGUUACUGGAGAAAGGGGGUCGCAUGGAGGGAUUUCAAUUGUGGGUCAAUCUACCGAAGAAGGAUAAGAUGAUCAAACCUCGUUAUCAGGAUACUCCACCAGAAAGAAUUCCUAUGGCUAGGACGAGCGAUGGGAAAGUGACUGUUAAAGUAAUUGCAGGAGAAGCUCUCGGAACAAGUGCUACAAUCGAGACUCGAACGCCAAUUCUGUACCUUGACAUACGUCUUUCACCGGGUGCCUCUUUUACACAGCCUAUACCUGACAGCUACAAUGGGUUUGCAUAUGUAUGGCGAGGAUCUGGUUUCCUUGGGGCUGAGAAGAAGCCCGCCAAGAUGGGUGAAGUGGGAACAAUGGGAGAUGGUAGCUCGUUUACUGUAUCAGCCGGUCCCGAUGAAGAAUUCCGAGUACUCUUACUGGCUGGAGAGCCAAUAAAGGAGCCAGUAGUGCAACAUGGUCCAUUUGUAAUGAACACGUGGGAGGAAAUACAGCAGGCAUUCACUGAUUAUCAAAAUGGAAAACUUGGAGAGAUCAGAGGGUCCAGUGAAAGAUAUGAGAAAACAAAGAAAGCAAGAGAGACCCAGAAAGCAAGUGGUAAGUGGAAUGAUGACCUUUGAUAUAACAGUCAGACAACUUUGUAGUUAGCCAGUAUCUUUCUAAGUUUAUGAUGUUAUUUUUACUGGAACAGAAUAUUCAAGGGUACUACAAUAGCUUAGCUUAGAUGAUUACAACAAAUUGUUACUAGAACUGCUAA